ACGUUCACUCUAGAGCAGCAGCUGUUUGUGCUUGGUGCACUGGGAGCUCCUGUGACAAUUAGCCCACAAUAGCUCUAUUCGUAUAUGCUCACAGGUAAAGAAGAAAGAAAAUGGCCUGUGCUGAAUACUCUUUUUAUGUGCCAAGUCUGGAGGAACUCGUUGGAGUUCUGCAAAAGGGGCUAAAGGAUAACUUCGCUGAUGUCCAGGUCUCUGUAGUUGAUUGCCCUGAUUUGACUAAGGAGCCAUUUACCUUUCCCGUAAAAGGCAUCUGUGGGAAAACUAGAAUUGCGGAAGUAGGAGGUGUGCCUUACUUAUUGCCUCUUGUAAACAAAAAAAAAGUUUAUGAUCUAAAUAAGGUUGCAAAAGAAAUCAAGCUUCCUGGAGCUUUUAUUCUUGGAGCAGGGGCAGGCCCAUUUCAGACUCUUGGGUUCAAUUCUGAGUUUAUGCCAGUUGUUCAAACAGAAAGUGAACACAAACCUCCUGUGAAUGGAAGUUACUUUGCCUGCAUUAACCCUAAAGAUGGAGGGUACCUGUUAGAGAAAUACAGUGAGAAAUAUCAUGAUUUUGGGUUUGCAUUACUGGCUAAUCUUUUUGCCAGUGAGGGCCAACCUGGAAAGGUCAUUGAGGUGAAAGCCAAAAGAAGAACUGGGAAACUUAACUUUGUAACUUGUAUGAGGCAGACUCUUGAAAAACAUUAUGGAGAUAAACCUGUAGGGAUGGGAGGUACUUUCAUCGUUCAGAAGGGAAAAGUGAAGACACAUAUUAUGCCUCCAGAAUUUUCUUCCUGCCCACUGAACUCUGAGGAAGAGCUGAACAAAUGGUUGCACUUUUAUGAGAUGAAGGCCCCUUUAAUUUGUCUGCCAGUUUUUGUCUCCAAAGACCCAGGGUUUGACCUGCGGUUGGAGCACACUCACUUUUUCAGUCAUCAUGGAGACGGUGGACACUACCACUAUGACACGACCCCAGAGACAGUGGAAUAUCUUGGCUACUUCUUACCUGCAGAGUUUCUCUAUCGCAUUGAUCGACCAAAAGAGACCCAUUCAUUUGGGAGAGAUUAAACCAACUGCUACUAAUUUAGAAAAAGAAAUGAUUAAGUUAAUUAGUUGAUUAACUCAUUGAGUGAUACAAGUAUAAAAUCUAAUAUAAAUGAUCUCACUACUUAAACUAUAAUUUCAGACUUUGAAAUAAAAGGUAUGUUGACAUUACGCUGUGUCAUGUCAUAGAUCUGUCUGAAAAGGCUCACUGGGAACAAAGAUACAUAAAGGAGCUGUUCUUCUUUAUUAUUUUAUCCUAUAAAAUCUGUCUUACAUUUAUAUUGUAAACAUAAAUAUGACCUGGAGUCAUGUGAUUGGUCAUUUUUAUAUAAUUUACAUUUGUCUAAAUUAUUAAAGUUUUCAAAUUAGUAUCAAAACUGCUAAUUGAAUAUUAGAAAAAUCAGUGUUGGGAACCUUGAUAGUUGUUGAAUCUUUGUACUGAAUUUUAAAAAUCCAUUUUAGAAGUCAGAGUGCACUUACUUCAUGGAAUACGGUGAUCAGAGGGAGAAACUUUAAUCCUGUGGGUGAAGUUCAACCCCACUCGGAGUUCCCAGAUUGCCUUUCACAAGCAGCAGCAACUAGAUGGCCAGCCAUGAUUCCUCCUCUGUUUGGGUUGCCAGCUGGAAUCAAUUUGUGCUUGUUGGUUACUUGUAAGAAGGGAAAAUAAACAGUAUCAAAAUAUACAUUGAAGUAAGUGUAUUUUAACUUAAAUUGAGGCUAUUGCUAAACAUGACCACUGUCCUUCAAGAAAUAUAAAAUUAUACUCUUACUGAUUAUAAUGGUUGAAACUUUCCUCAGUGUUCUUUUAUAAUCAUUAGCCAGAAAUUAACUGUAACUUACUAAUGCCAACAGUAUGGAAAUUUAGGAGCUCUUCAAUACUAAACACAUAAUAAAUCUUAAAAAAUA